AUGGUGCCCUGUGCUCUUUUUAUUCUGGGCCCCUUGUGGAUCCACAGUCUGACACACGCUUGCUGUGGAGAGGAGCUGCCCAGGGAAGCGGUGUUGACCUGGUUCAGAUAUCGGGUUCUGGACGGUUUGGGGCUGGAGGAGCCACCUUUGGCCACUUUGGGUCCCGACAGAGACACGGCACGAGCAGAAGAAAGGCUUGCACCCCAGAGGACCCUUAGGACUCGCAGGACAACACAGGUCAACCAUGAAACCAAUACAAACCAGGAAACUAUUCAAAUUAUUCUCUUCCCCAGUUCUGAAUCAUCCUGUGCCAGAUCUGACUCAGCUCCUGAAGAAACCACCAACAGCCACUUCACAUAUUAUUUCCAGCCGUCCAUGAACAGCCAGGAGACCCUGGUCACAUCUGCCCACUUUUGGUUCUACGCGGGCGAAGGAGCCACAGUCAACUCGUCUGCCCAGCUGUUCAUCCUCACCUCAGCUCAGGAGCUUCUUCAGGCAGCAGAGGGUCCAUCAGAGACAAGCCUAGAUGGAUGGACCACCUACAGCUUGGAUCAGAACCUGUUGACAUCUCUGCCUCAGGGCCCUUUUCUGCUCCAGGUCCGCUGUGCCACCUGCCAGUGUCAUGCUGACGAACCAGAUAAGAUACCCUUCCUUAACCUCUAUGCUCAGCCUCGUGGUCCUGUCCAUUCACCACGCCAUGCAGCAAUAACUAUACCCUGGUCUCCAUCUGCCAUCGACUUGUUCCAGCGUCCCUCCGCAGAGAGACCCCAGAACAGCGACUGCAACCGAGCAGAGAUUGAAAUCAGCUUUGAGGAGCUGGGCUGGGACUACUGGAUCAUCCAACCCAAAGUGCUGACUUUCUACUACUGUCAUGGGAACUGCUCAGCCUGGGAUCGAACCACCGCCAUGCUGGGGAUCACACAGUGCUGCGCCCCGGUCCCAGGAACCAUGAAGUCCCUGAGGAUCACCACGACAUCUGAUGGCGGGUACUCAUUUAAGUAUGAGACCUUGCCCAACAUUAUACCUGAAGAGUGUACUUGUAUUUGA